AUGGAUGCAUCAAUUCCAGCACAUGUUGAGCUUAGCCAAUACCCAUUGUUGUACAUCAAAGACACUUACAGUGACCAUCCAAAGAUCAGAGAAUUAGAAUUAAUUGCAGAAUCAUUUGGUUUAUCAGUUUUAGAAAACAACAUCACAACUCUUUCAUCCAAAAUAAGAAACUCAUUCACAGAUAAGCCAACCGAAAAGGAAAUGGAAACCUUCGAGCAAAAUGAUGCUUUGAGAUUGAUUGAAAAAGAUAUUCACUUUAUCAAUGGUACAAAAACUUUAUCAUCAAAUGACAAAAAUUUCGUCUCAAAAGAAAUUUUUUUAUGCCUGUUUAAGGAGUCCAUUGAAAGAAUUAUUGACUAUGAAUAUCAAGAUCAGGUAACUAUGACGUUAGUAUUUUCAAGAAGGAAUAGAAAACAACAAGUAGACACUGUUGAUACAUUAUUUUCCCUAGUCUUUGAGGGUCAAAAUCCAAACCCAGAAGAUAACUUAAAUCAUUAUUCAGAUUCUGAUGCUGAUGAUGCUGCCGGUGAACAAGAAGAUAAUGAUGAUGGAUAUGCUGAAUCAUCUGAUGAAAUUUACUGA